AUGCAGGCCUGUACGUGUAUGUCCAUCCUUGCGUGUCUUAUUCUUAUAAAGUUAGGUAAGAGCAAUACAGACCCGAAGGUUCUAACGGACUACUAUCUUACUACGUACGUAGCCAUCGAUUCAGCAGUUACUGCGCAGCAGUGCCCGGAGGAGGGAGCGGUGAGGCUGGCCGGUGGAGUAUAUGGAAACCAGAGCAGAGUCUACGGCAGAGUGGAGAUAUGCAUCAACCAACAGUGGAGCACGGUGUGCGGCUAUGACAUUGACUGGGGCCAGUUGGAGGCCCGCGUCACCUGCAGGCAACUGGAUUUUGCUUAUGCUAUUCCUCUUACUGAAUAUGGUGGAGGAUCUGGACCAGUUUACCAUUUUAUAUGUGACGGAAACGAGAUCCAACUUCAGAACUGUAACCGCGAGCUCCUUGGUUGUCCCCACUCUGCAGAUGCUGGAGUAAUGUGUUCAGAUUCUGCUGAGUGCAAUGAGACAGAUGUUAGAUUGGUGGAUGGUGAAACUGCUAGAGAAACUCAAGAAGGACGAGUUGGGAUAUGUCUCAAUGGAGUGUGGGGCUCUGUAUGUGAUGACAGUUGGGAUGCUAGAGAUGCUGUAGUAGUGUGUCGACAACUGGGCUACAACACUUCAUCUGUUCCAUUGCAAAACCAUCCUGUACUCUCAAAUUCAACUUUAUUCUUUCAUCUUGAUGAUGUUAAAUGUGCUGGUAAUGAGAGCUUGUUGAGUGAAUGUGACCACAAGGGAGUUGGUGUUCACAAUUGUGCUGUGAGACUAGAAUCAGCAGGAGUUAUAUGCAGCAGCAUUUCGCAGUGCAAAGAGGCUGAUGUCAGAUUGGUAGAUGGCAUAACACUUGAGGAUGGUCGAGUGGAGAUAUGUUUCAAUGGGUUCUGGGGUGCAGUCUGUGACGACAGUUGGGACAACAGAGAUGCUGGAGUAGUGUGCCGACAAUUGGGAUAUAAUGGAACAUCAGUGGCACUGGGUAGCCACCCUGUGUUGUCAAAUGCAUCACUGUCCUAUCAUCUGGAUGAAGUUGACUGUAAUGGAGACGAAAGCAUGCUAAGUGAAUGUAGAAAUGAAGGACUUGGUAACGAUGUAAGACUGGUAGAUGGUGUGACUUCUGACGAUGGAAGAGUGGAGAUAUGUAUUGGUGGUGCAUGGGGCUCAGUAUGUGAUGACAGAUGGGACCAGAGAGAUGCCGAGGUGGUGUGCAACCAGCUACAGUACAACGGACAUAAGACAUGUGACGAAGGGAGGCUCCACCUAGUGGGAGGUGAUGAUUUGUCUAGAGGAAGGGUUCAAUACUGCUUCAAUGGAUCCUGGUACUCUGUGUGUGCCGAUGACUGGAACACUACUGGCAAUGAAGCUGGGGCCAUCUGCCACACUCUACGCUAUGACAUCUCUUUCUAUGCCGCAGUCUUAGUCGAUUACGGACUGGGAAUAAAUCCUAUCCUACCACUGAACAUUCAGUGUGCCAGUGGUACCAAUACAUUUAGUGACUGUUCUACAACAGAGCUGGAUGUUAGUCAAUGUACAAAUGUGGCUGGAGUCGACUGUUUGGCUCCUUGCACAACUUUAGGCCUAACUAGCUGCAACGAGUGCAGCAGUGACUGCUUUAAAGGGUUUGGUUGUAGCUGUUACUCCAACUGCUUUUCAGAUGGUGACUGCUGCUCGGAUAUAUCUGCAGCACAAUACUGUUUCGGUGAAUGUGAACAUGGAUCAGUUCGACUGGUGGGUGGGGCAACAAACUCCACUGGGAGGCUGGAGGUCUGUGCUCUAGGGAGGUGGGGUAGAGUCUGCAAUGCUUUCGGCUACUGGGGUCCCAACAAUGCCAGAGUGGUCUGCCGUCAACUAAAGUUCUCUGAAAAUGAUGCAUUUGUCCUUGACGGUGACAUUGAAAGGUUUGGGGGCAGUGAAAGGGAUCCUGUUGUGGGAGAGGUCCACUGUAUUGGAAACGAACCAGAGCUGCUGGAAUGUUCUCAUGCCAGCAUCGGAGUCCACUUCUGCGCUGGGUUUAGCAGAUUUGAUCCCGACAUCAUCAUUAGCUGCUAUGAUGAUAUAACAAUUGAAAGGUCGGAAGACGCUCCAGUGUUUGUUGGUCAAGUUUUGUGCACAGGUUCUGAGCUGCACUUGAAUGAAUGUAUCUACAAGGCACUAGCACCAGGAGACUGUACCAGUGCAGCAGUAAUAUCCUGCGGGAAGAGCUCAAAUCAGCCUAGAUGUGCUGAGAAUGUGCAAGCCUUCCCUGCUGCUGAUCAAAGUUAUGGAGAGUGCUCAGUGUACAAGUCAGGAGUUGCCAUAUGCGAUGGUGUGUUGAGGCUGGGCAUUGACCACGUGUAUGUGAGGUCGAGGCUGGGAGGCCAGAGCACCAUUGCUCAGCUACUCAAUCAGAACAUUGGACAAAUACAGACAGUGACAGCUGAUCACAGUGAUACCUGUGUGAGACAGGUGUUCAGGGCCUUGUGUCGUUACUACCUCCCUCCCUGUGGCAACUCCACACACCCUACCCCUCCUUUCUCCAUCUGCCAGGAGGAGUGUCAGCUAGUGCGGGACAAGUGCCAGCAAACAUGGGAUGCUGUUCUGCCGCCAUUGGAGAACAUAGACCCAAUUAUUGACUGCAAUGAUAUUUCCAGGUUGCUGUUUCCACUACCGCACUGCUGCACUGGCGCUGGGCUAGGUAAUCUACAAGAUGAUGAAACAUCACAACAGAAGGAUGGUGCAACAGUGGCCUGGAUUGCAGGGUGGAGCAUCACUCUUUAUUGUCCUGGCAGCAGUUAUGGUAGUGGGUGUUAUUGUACUGAUGUGGGUGUUGCCCAAAAUAAGGAAGAUGAAGCGAAUAGAGGAGUGCAGCUCGACAUACUCGCCAGACUAGGGAAUGACGGUGCAGUCAUUGAAUCUGUGACUGAGACAAUCGCUGAUCAUUUCACGAGCUCGCUGCAAGUAUACAGGCCAAAAACACGAGUCCCCACCUACCAAAGGAGAGAGCUGGCUAAAGGAAAUUUCAUCAUUAAACGUGUGGAUAUUACUUUACUGGACUCUAUUGGAGAAGGGGAAUUUGGUGUGGUAUACAAGGCCAGAGUCAGACACUCCAAGAAAGUAGUUGCUGUGAAGACACUCAAAGGGGACUUUGAUCAGGUGGAAGUGAAUAAGUUGGUGGAGGAGAGUUUGAAGAUGAGUCGGUUCAAACAUGCUCAUGUGAUGGACCUUCUUGGAGUCUGUCUUGAGACUGGUUCUGCUCCUUACAUCAUCAUGGCCUACAUGACCAAUGGAAGUCUUCUGCAGUUGCUGAAGCAAGAGAGAAACAAUAUUGUUAUCCUAGAGGAAACUGAUGAGGAUGAGGUGAAGGAGGUUCGCAAGCGACUGAUGGUCAUGUGUCUCCAGAUUGCCAGUGGGAUGGAGUAUCUGGCGGCUGACAAGUACGUCCACCGAGACCUGGCUGCCAGGAACUGCACCUAUGAGAUAAUGAUGCAGUGCUGGGUGACGGCACCAGAAGACAGACCAACUUUCAAGGAGCUUUAUUUGACUACCUCCAAUUAUAUUGAACAUAUGGCGGGCUACCUACAGUUAGGAUUCAACCCUUUUGCUGAAAGGAAUGUGGGAGAGAGAGAGGAAGGAGAGGAGAAGACUGAGCAGGAGGAGCAAGAGGAAGUACAAGUAGAUGACUCAAUCCAACUCCUUCCUCAGUGAACAGUAGAGCACAUAGGCUCUUUAGUAAAACACUGACC